AACGGCUCCUGCUUCCGCUCGCCUGAGCUAGACCCAACAAGCCUAGAGAGUUGGGCUACGGAAAGACUAGUGUUUUCAUUUAAUUGGAUAUGAAGAAAGAACAAAUAAGUACGGGGGCAACCACGAUCUUUAUAAAGAACAUAAGUUCCAGGAAAGCAGGAACCUUGUCUCUCUUGUUCACUGGUGUAUCCUCUGCAUAUAGAACAGUGCCUGGCACAUAAUAGGUGCUGAAUUUAGACAAAUGCCUAUAUUAGGACCUCUGCCUUGCCAAGGUUGAAGCCAGAACUUGAUUGUCCAGCGUCUGUUUCAGCAAAGACAUAGACAUAUGACCUAGGCUCUUCCCAUCAGACACUUCCGUGAAACACUUCAAUUUGAAGAAAUGUGAGAAAGUCGAUUUUGCAAGGCUUUGUCUAAACACUGCCCUGAAGACAUAACCUUUAGGAGACCCACCCAAGACUGAGUGAAUCUGUAGCCCUCCAGGGAAUGGAGCUGGGUACUGACUGAGGAGCACCACAGGCUCAGCCACCGCUAGUUCUAGGCAACUCUUCUCCCUAGAACAUUGUUCCCUGGUCAAUUACCAAGCCUAACAAACAUUAUCAUUUCAUUUGCAUAAAGGUCCACUGGUGGUUCCUAGUGACUCAGACACUCAAAAACAUUUUUAAAAAAGCAUUUUCCUGCAUCCUCAACUAUCUAGAACAUACCUAAAAACUUUGGAGUUUCGUGCUUGUUAAUGGAAGCUAUGAAGUCUAAGGCCAACUGUGUUCAGAACUCAAGCUGUACGAUAAUGAUAUUUCAUCCAACCGAAGAAGAGUUUAAUGAUUUUGAUAAGUAUAUUGCUUACAUGGAAUCCCAAGGUGCACACCGAGCAGGUCUCGCCAAGGUGAUUCCACCCAGGGGAUGGAAAGCCAGGCAGACCUAUGAUGACAUCAGUGACAUCUUAAUAGCAGCUCCCCUCCAGCAGGUGGUGUCCGGGCAGGCAGGCGUCUUCACCCAGUACCACAAAAGGAAGAAAGCCACGACGGUGGGGGAGUAUCGCCAACUGGCAAACAGCGGAAAGUAUCAGACUCCACCACACUCGGAUUUUGAGGAUUUGGAGCGAAAAUACUGGAAAACCCGCCUCUACGAUUCUCCGAUCUACGGCGCUGACAUCAGCGGCUCCCUGUUUGACAAAAACACCAAAGAGUGGAACCUUGGACACCUGGGGACCAUUCAGGACCUGCUGGAGCACGAGUGCGGCGUGGUCAUCGAGGGCGUCAACACCCCCUACCUGUACUUCGGCAUGUGGAAGACCACGUUCGCCUGGCACACGGAGGACAUGGACCUUUACAGCAUCAACUACCUGCACUUCGGGGAGCCCAAGACUUGGUACGCGGUGCCGCCAGAGCACGGCCAGCGCCUGGAACGCCUGGCCACGGAGCUCUUCCCGGGCAGCGCCCGCACCUGCGAGGCCUUCCUGCGGCACAAGGUGGCUCUCAUCUCGCCCACCGUGCUCAAGGACAACGGGAUCCCCUUCAGCCGGAUCACGCAGGAGGCUGGCGAGUUCAUGGUGACGUUUCCCUAUGGCUACCACUCUGGCUUCAACCAUGGCUUCAACUGCGCGGAAGCCAUCAACUUCGCCACCCUGCGCUGGAUCAAUUAUGGCAAAGUGGCGUCCCAGUGCAGCUGCGGGGAGGCCAGGGUCACCUUUUCCAUGGACGCCUUCGUGCGCAUCCUGCACGAGCGCUAUGAGCUGUGGAAGCGCGGACAGGACCGGGCGGCUGUGGACCACACGGAGCCCGUGGCGCAGGGCAGCCUGGAGCUGAGCUCCUGGAGGGAGGUGCGUGCCCCCAGGAGAGCCGCGCGGGGCCUGAGUCACCUCCCCCCGCGCCGGGCCCCGCGUGCCGCGCGGCCUGUGGCCACUGGCCAGGGCACCGGCUGCCGCACCCCUCUGCGCCCGGCCUCCCCGCGCCCCUUGCCCGCCCAGAGUUCUUCCUCUGAUGCCCAGUCCGGGGCUGUGCCCGCCCGUGCCUCCCGGGAGCUUGGCCCCACCCAGCCACCGCCCCCCAAUCCCUCUGCCCCAGAUCUCCAGCCCUGCACUGGGCGGUGUGGUCGUGGUCGUCGUCCUCGGGAGCAGGGUGCUCGGGGGUCUAGCGUCCAGGCCCCGGCCAAGAGGCGCCUCUUGGUGGGAACGGGGCACACGGGUCAGCCCUGCAAGGCUCAGCCCCUUCCUGUGGUUGGAGGCUGGGUGGACCAGCCCGCACCACCGAGCCCUGGGCUCAGGUAAGCAGCUGAGGCUUCUGGGUCCGGCUGUGCCCUUGUCCCCUAAGCCCAGGUGACACCUUUGUAACCCACUGCUCUUGUGUGUGUGGAAGGUCCUCGAGGCUGUCCACAUUUAUGUCAGAACUUUGGGCGAACUUGCAGGUCACUGGUCUUGCUUGCGAGUCCUAUGAUGUUGCCAUUGAUGGGUUGAGUCCAUGUUCUUUACCAAGUUCGCCAUAGUUUGUUCUUCUGGCCAGACCCUGGAAUGCCUUUGGACACUGCCGAUUCCCAUGUUGCCAGCCGAGGUUUCAUCCACCAGAUACUCUCUUGUCUCUGCGAGCUGGGGCCUUCCGAGAUGGCCAGAGCCUCAUCUCGCCCAGACUCCUAUUCUCUGGGCCAACUAUGAAUGCUGCUGGUUUUUGGUUCUCCUCAGUCUCCCUCUGUUGCCUCUUCCCUCCUCCUCCUCCUCCCCUUUUCCUUGAAAAAACUAGGGCCUUUUGACCAAAUGGGUCAGUAGAAGCUCAGAAAAUAAUUUAUCAUGUUUCUGAGUCUUCGAUGCAUUCAAAAUGCGUUAUCGCCAGUAUUUGUUCACAAACAUAUUAAAGAUAACCAAAAUGUUCAAAUCUGACUUUGUUUCUAAUAAAU